CUUUGCCACAGGGCCUCUCACUUUGGGCGGCUCGGGCCACAGGGCACACUACCUACAUCCACACAAUCGAUGCACAAAUGUAUCAGCAUGUAUGCACUGACCUUGGCCCACACAGCUGGUGUGGGGUGACGCCAGUGGUCUUUUUCUCUUCGGUAGCAUGCAGAGUGCAUAGCUGCGUGCUGUAGUCGUAGCUGAAGACGAUGCAGGCCUCAUAUUGCUGACAGAGGGCCUGGCACCUAAAUGGUGUCGCAACAGAUCCCAGACUGAUAACAUCGACAGGCGUGGCAUAGUAGUGGCAGCCCCGAGCGAUACUGCCAUCCACAAAACAUAGCAUAAUCACACUGUUAUCUUUCGAAAUGUUCCUGAUGUCACAUACCAGCCCCCGGUCAGCUCCUCUCUCCCGCCUUCUGUGCUUCGCUGUCCGUCCGAGGUGCAAUAUUUGGGCCCUGAUGUAGCGAAAUUGCUCUCUUGCUUAUCAUGCUGAACGUCGGUCAGCUUGUCGGUGAGGAGGACGCAUCCCUGGCCGUACGAGAAGGUGAACGCCUCACAUUCUUCCCAAGCCCAGCACUUCAU